AUGUGUUCUCCAAGUAUUCAAAAGGAUAUUGUUGAUUCUUGUGCUAAGGAAACAAUCAAAUCUAUUCUUGAAGAUUUAGAUGGGGAUUAUUUUGGGAUACUAGUCAAUGAAUCAAAGGAUGUAUCACACAAGGAGCAAAUGACACUUGUUUUGAGAUAUGUUAACAAACAAGGAGAAGUGAUAGAACGAUCUGUUGGUAUUAUUCAUGUUAGUGAUACAUCUGCUUGUUCAUUAAAGGAAGCAAUAUACUCUUUUCUUUCAGAUCACUCAUUAAGUCCAUCGCAAAUACGUGGGCAAGGUUAUGAUGGAGCUAGCAAUAUGCAAGGACAUCUAAAUAGUCUUAAAACUUUGAUUAUAAAUGAGACUCCAUCGGCAUAUUGCAUUCAUUGUUUUGCCCACCAAUUGCAGUUAACACUAAUGGCUCUUGCAAAGAAGGAUUCAAAUGUAGAUGACUUUUUUUGCUUAGUUACUAAUGUGUUAAAUAUUGUUGGAGCAUCUUUUAAGCGUAGAGAUUUACUUCGAAAACACCAAGCCGAACAGUUAGAGAAGUUGCUCAUAUCAGGGGAAGUGCAUAUUGGGCGAGGAUUAAAUCAAGAACGUGGGCUUCAGCGGCCAGGUGAUACUCAUUGGGGUUCUCAUUGUAGAACAUUAGAUAAUCUUAUUGUUCUAUUUCCAUCAGUUAUUCAUGUGCUUGAAUUUACUGGAUGUGAGUGUCCAAACUAUACUGAUAGACUUCUUGCUAAAACUCUUGUGGAUACGAUUAAGAAAUUUGAUUUUGCCUUUAUGUUGCACUUGAUGUGGAAAGUUCUUAUGAUGACAAAUGAAUUGAACUUCUCAUUACAAAUGAUGGAUCAAGAUAUUGUCAAUGCUAUGGGAUUUCUUGCUCUUACAAAGCAAAGAUUACAAAAUAUGAGGGAUAAUGAAUUCGAAUCAUUAAUGAAUGAUGUCUCUUCUUUUUGUGAUAAACAUGAUAUAGUCAUUCCGGAGAUGGAUGCUAGCUACUUUCCUGGGAAGUCAAAGCGUAAAGCUCUUGAUUUUACAUAUUCUUAUCAUUUGUGUGUUGAAAUAUUUUAUGAUGUUAUUGAUUUGCAUCUUCAAGAGCUUAAUAAUCGUUUUGAUGUUGUGAGUACUGACUUACUUCUCGGUAUGGCUAGUUUGAAUCCAGUUAAUUCAUUUGGUAGUUUUGAUAAGGGUAAGAUAAUGAGGUUGGCUGAAUAUUAUAUGAAUGAGUUUGACAGCAACAAGCUUCGAGAUCUCAGUUUUCAGCUUGAUAGUUUUAUAGUUUAUGUAUGUGGUUCUGACAAGAGGUUCUUCAACUUGAAGGGAAUUAGUGAUCUUGCUAAAGUAUUGGUCAAGUCAGAUUUGCAUCAAAUUUGGCCACUUGUUUAUUUGCUUAUCAAGUUGACUCUCAUUCUUCCCGUUGCUACUGCUUCUGUGGAACGAGUUUUCUCAUCCAUGAAGUACAUUAAAAAUGAACUUCGCAAUAGUAUUGGUGAUGAAUUUUUGAAUUGUUGUUUAGUUUGCUAUGUAGAGCGAAGUGAGCACCCACAACCUUUAAAUCCUGGAUCCGCCACUGUUUCUGAGCGUCUUUGA